GGCGCGCGCGAAACUCUCCUCCUGAGUUCCGCCGGUAGUUGUUGUGUCUGAUUCUAACGUUAAGUCAGUUUUCACGCUAUUUUAAGUUUGUAACACGUUUUAUUUUCAUUCAUGGAUGUUUCCACAGCUCUCCGUUGUAUUCACAGUUAACAGUUUCCGACAGUUGUUCCCGGUUUGACUCACUUUUCCCACCGCAGUUCGUCGCCUCCUGCUCCGCCGUCAAACCGCGGCAGGAACUAGCUAAACGCUGCUUCCGUUGUUGUUGUUGUUGUUGUUAGCCGCCGCCGGUGUCACCGACCUGUUGCCGGUGGGAGACGCAGCAUGACGGCGCUGCUGCAGCAUCCGGGGUACGAGGACGAGAGUCUGCAGAGGGUCGCGGAGCAGCUGCCCUGCAGAGAGGCCCAGUCUGCGGUGCUGCUGUCGCUCAUGGGACAGCCGCAGCAGUACAGUUACCCUUCGAUCUUCAUCUACGGUCAUCGGGCAUCGGGGAAGAGUCACGUGAUGCACGUCCUGCUGAGGGAACUUGAGCUGCCUCACGCCACACUCAGCUGCGUCGAGUGUGUUUCCGGCGCGCUGCUCUUUCAACGAGUGCUGCUGUCCUUGUUCGGCCACGAGGCCGCUGCGCUGCUGCCCCGCAGCGCCUCCCUGUCCGACUUCGUACGCGUCUACAGGCAGCAAUGCUCCCUGUCGCCUGCCGAGCAGACGCGAUUCAUCGUGAUGGAAAAAGCGGAGCUCCUGAGAGACGCCGAUGCCAAUCUCCUCCCCGCCCUCCUGCGUCUCCAGGAGUUGGUGGAGGACAACGUCACCGUCGUCCUGCUCAGCGAAAUUGCCUGGGACAAGUUCAGACCGAACACGGGCUGUUUCGAGCCGCUUCUGCUCCACUUCCCCGACUACAGCAAAGGUGAGCUGCAGCAGAUCCUGUCUCAGGACAGACAUCCGUCAUAUUCGGCCGACUUUUACUCGUCCUACAUCAACAUCCUGCUGGGAGUCUUUUACUCGGUGUGUCGGGACCUCAGAGAGCUUCGCCAUCUGGCUGCCCUCAACUUCUCAAAGUUCUGUGAGCCUGUGGCGGAAGGAAAAGUGAAAGAGACUGACACACACAAGCUUUGGAGGAACAUAGAGCCUCAUCUGAAAAAAGCCAUGCAGACGGUUUAUCUCCGGGAAGUGUCCAGUCUCCAGUGGGAGCAGAUGCAGCAAAUGGAAGAGAAGGAAACUGGAGUCGUGAGAGGUUUAUCUGCUCACACUCACAUUGAACUGCCUUAUUACUCAAAGUUCCUGCUGAUCGCUGCCUACCUGGCAUCCUACAACCCUGCUCGCACAGAUAAACGCUUCUUCCUCAAGCACCACGGAAAGAUAAAGAAAACAAACUUCUUGAAGAAAAAUGAAAAGACAAGUAAUCACCUCCUGGGGCCCAAGCCUUUCCCUCUGGACCGCCUGCUCGCCAUUUUCUACAGCGUGGUGGACAACAGAGUCGCCCCCACUGCCAGUAUAUUCUCCCAGAUCUCCUCUCUGGUGACCUUACAGCUUUUGGCUCAGGUCAGUCACGAAGACCAGCUCGAUGCCCCAAAGUACAAAUGUGCCGUUUCCAUGGACUUCAUCUGUGCCAUAUCCAGGACAGUGAACUUUGAUAUCGUCAAGUAUCUGUACGACUUCCUGUGAGGGGAGACGACACAACUGUGACAGCGUGACAGAUGUGGGAUUUCUUUUCUCCGCAAGACGACGACACUCACAGACACUUGCAUCUUGACAAAGACGUGAAGUUGAAUUCAUCCAAUUAUGUCGCUGCCCCCUUGUGGUUGAUACAUGUUUUUUUUCUGUAGAGUUUCAUGUUAAAUAUUUGCAUUUGUACAAAAUAAACUGACAAACUAACUUUA